GAAAAUCUUUCCCGCAUGCACUUCAAACUGGAAAUCUUACUUGAACGCUAAAGACAGGAACCAAUACAACCAAAUUCCGAAAUGCCGAUUUCGUCACGAAUAGGGCAUACCUUUGGAAGAUGGGCCACAGUGAUGGUGAUGGGUAGGCUACUCUUCACGGGUAUACAAAUAUAGGUCAAUUGUUACUGUUUGGAAUGCAAAGUCUACAGCUGGUCUAAACUAUCGUUAUUGAGAAUGAGCAUGAUGAGUGCAGGGAGACUUCUUAAAUCUUGGUCAUCAAUAGUGAAACAGCUCUGCUACACAAAGACCAACAUAAGCCCGGUCCAAGUCAGGAUAGACAUUCCAGGGGGACUGCCAUAUGAAGCUUUUAGUUCUGUGGAUGGCAGACCUCUGGUCAGAAGCCUAUUCCUGCUGUUUGAAUCGGCCCGGGCUUACUCCUUUUGGCCCGUCAAAAAUCCUAACGAGACAUUUCUGGACAGUCAUUUGCUACUGAAAGACAAUCUCUACUUCAUUGCCUCUACCAGUAUUGAUAUUGACAGCAGAUUCUAUGAAGAAUUUUCUCCCAAAUAUCCUCUUGCAAUUACAAAAACACUGGAUUAUAUUGGGAAAUCUUCCUCAGCGAUAACCAGUGUUUUGGAGUGUCGAUCACAGACCUUCCCGUAUGCCACUUGUAGAAUUCAAACAGUAUUUGUCAAUGGUAAAACAAGGAGACCGAUGCCUUAUCCUGAUUGGUGGAUGGAAAAAUACAGCCCUCAUGUUCCCAAAGGUCAACCAAUCAUCAUGCCCCAUCUAGAAAAGCCUGGUGAAAUACAAACAUACAAUACAAAGGUGUCUUAUUCUGAUAUUGAUGCUUACUUACACACAAACUGGCAGAGUUAUGUUAGCUUUUGUAUGGAGGCUUUUUAUGACAGUGUGUUUAAAAACAAAUACACAUGGCUGGACAAAGCGAUGGUAGGAAAGUGCCUGAAGUCUUUUGAGGCAGGAUUUAGGAAGGAGUCCUCCAUGGGAGAUGAGCUUAAUGUGCAUUCCUGGGAGUCCAGUCAUGUGCAAGGAGAAAUUCAGUUUGAAAUUAAACAUAAUGAGGAUGUGUGUUUACAUGCCAAAAUGAUAUAUCAUUAGAAUUUAAUGUCUGUUUUAAAAAUGAUAAUUAAAGUAAAUUUUAAGAUUAAA